GAAGAGACACGUAUUGUCUAUAUCUUUCUCCUCCGCAGUCUGGGGGUCUCGAUCUUUGCGGGUGCAUCCCCAUCGAUUCUGCAUUUCUUCGACAGAACCAUCUCUGGCACAUCCAGGGUAUUGGAGCCUUCGGCAAAUGUUCCUCACCUUUCUACCAUCAGUCUCAACCAUGUCCAAGAGUACGAAAAAUGAACGGGGGUCUCGAUUGACUGUCCAACCCACCCAGGUGGGCAGGCGAUCCAUGAAACUGCUAUGGGGCGAGGCGAUUGUUCAUCUCUCGUGGCGAUAGCUGGCGGCGAGGACCACUGGUGGUUGGUGUCAAUCUCCAGGCCCCACACUCCAUCAGUAGCCCCUUUUCCAUUCGCCUUCUCUUCAGGUCGGUCUGAGAAAGCGAUUCGGAUUCCAAUAUUCAGGACAGUCAGCCAUGAGCCAUCCAAUACGAGAUGGAGAAGUGGCUGUGGCAAAGUUUUUUCCUCCUUCUCCAGCGCGCUUACUUUCGAUCUGACUUGCGUUGUGCCUUGGGUGAGGGUGAGAUGGGCCACUGAUGCUCGUCACGACGGCUACAGGGCAAAGACGUUGCCUUCCCUGAAACAAUACAGGGUAAGUAGGGUUGUGUCAGAUAGAGGCUGCAGGAGGAUCCAAUCGAAGCAAGAACGUCAACCGAGUGCUGAUCAAAAUUUAUGGCUUCUGGUUUGGCACCGGCCGCAUUACGCAAGCAGCCCACUAGCCAAGCACUAUCUUACCCGCGUUCAGCGGCCACUUGUCCAUAGCGCCGCCGCAAUGGUCCCUUGCCGGUGGAGAAUGCGACGAUCGGAUGGCUGAGGGCCUGACGACAUCGUCAUGGUUCAAUGGCGUGGGUUGGAGACGGGAGCCACC